AUGUCUCCAGCAGUCUAUGCUCUGCUCAUCAGCCUGUGCAAUGUUUGGUGCUUGAUCAGUGGGGCUUCUGUGGCGGUCCCAGAUGUUACUGUGAGAUGUGCUGAAGAAGUGCUGCUGCCCUGUAAAGUUCUUCGGGACUCCUCAAUCACCUACCAGACAGCAUCUUGGUAUAAAAUGGCUGGAGAUGGUGAAAGAAUAGCAUGGAAAAUGCUUGAUGUGGAAUCUCAUUAUCCUAAAGAACUUGGAGGAUCCCUGGAGCUUUCCAACGACACCUUCUUUUCACUGAGGAUCAAAAAUGCAACCAGCCAAAACAGCGGGACAUAUAAGUGCGCUCUGGGGGAACAGAGUGGAGAACGCAAUCUGAGCAGCACAGUCGCACUGAAAGUAACAGGUUGCCCUGGAAUAGAAGAUGAAAAACUAAAAAAAUACAAAGCUGAGCUUUUCAUGCUGACUUGCCUUGGGAUUUUUUACUUGCUGCUCAUCUUUUUUACCUGUACAUGUCUAAGAAAAGAGAGUAUGUCUCCCAAUUAUCAAAAAAACAGACCAGAUAUGAAACACAUGCUCACCCUCCUCAAUGUACAUGAAAUGACAACUUUCCAGGAUUUAAACGGCAACAGCACUUGCAAAAAUGAACUUACUUCAAGUUCUGUCUAA